CAUGCGCCUUCGCCUUCGCCCUUUACCAAGAUGGUGAACACCGUUCCCUUAACCAAUAUGGAUACCUAGAAACAAUGUUAAGGGGAUGAGAAAGGAAUCCCUCGAAAGUCUUCUCUGCCAAGACUGUCUGUUCAAGGCCCAACCUUGACAAAAGUUUUGGUUCUCAAGUUUCAUUUAAACUCCUAAACCGAAGGGCUUAGCUCCCGCUUGAGACUACACAGUGCACCAAUAUGGAUCACCAGGGUUUGAUGAACGCAAAUUUACUUUACCAAGAUGGCGGCCGGAAGCUUCCGGUAGACUCCCCAAUCCCUGGUUAGGAUAUCGGGAGGGGGAGGGGGAAUGACUUGGGCGAAGACUAGGCCUGAAGUGACAGUUUCAGUGUUGCGGGUGCCAGAGUCCUAGGAGCUGGGAGUUUUUCCAGCGGGGGCCUCUCCAAACAUACUUUUCCCGCGCCGCUGUCACCCAGGGGCGGGCAUAUCACCUCACGUGCACACACAGACAAAUCAUAAUCAUAAUUACAAUAACUGGCAUCCGGGGUAGAAGGUUAGGUUUUUCUAUCGCUCUCCACUGGACUUGGCGGGAGCCGCUCCUUGGAGGGGGAGCAGGAUCCCGCCCCAGUAGGAAAUGUCUCGGGAUACGUGAGGGUCUUUGAGCCGUUCUAAAAGCUGUCCCGCAAGAGUUAAACUCAUGGUUCACUCAGACCUUUCGAGGGGGGAGGAGGGGAAGUGUCUAACGGGAACUAUUGCAAGGAGUUUUUGCAGAAACUUGAAAAGAUUUGCUGUCAGAGGCUCAGUGAGGGGAGGAGGGACAUGUAAGGAGCGAGGGAGGGGAAGGGUCAGUAGUGUACGAAGUGUAAGGUUUAGCAAAUGUUACAACCAUAAUUGAGGGGAGGGGCCCUGACUUGCAAUUUGGGCUGGGGCUGGGGUGGGAAAGGAGGUUAGAUGUAGGUUAUUUGUGUAAGAGGUUGAGGAUCCCUGCCAUUCUCCAUGGCAAGUCACAGUUUCACAUUCAACUCCCCAUUCCCCUUCUUUCCACUCCAAAAGUACAGUGUGCGGGAGGGGUUUUUUGUUUUGUUUUGUUUCGUUUCGUUUUGUUUUUUGGUUUUUUUUUUUUUUUUUUUUUUUCAUUUGGCUGGUAACUUCCUUUAAGUGAGAGCGAUGGGAGGGGUGGAGGUUGAACUUGGCAGGCGACGCCUCCUCUCGCUGCUGCUGCUGCCGCCGCUGCGGCUCCGACUCGACUCGGGUGGGGGACCACAGAGAGGGAGGGUGGGUUUUGCUUUGCAACUUCUCCCAGCGCAAGAUAAAGGUGGCGGGGAGCGGCGGCUGCAGACUUCGCUGCACAGACGAUGCGUGGGUGGGGGGAACCUUCAUGCAUGCAACUCUCUCGGGGCCAAAUGUACGUAUGCUAUUUCUUCCCCCCCUUAAAUGUUUGCCCGAGGGCGUGUCCGUCGAUCAAGUCUGAGAGAUAGACUUGUGUACCGCACCGUGCCCCCUUCUCAGCCUUCUUCUCCUACCUUAAAUGUGUGGCUUGGGGGCUGCUCAUUGCCCCCACCAUCUCUUCCUCAUGGGUCGAAAACUGUAUUCCCUUCUAGGCGUCUUUUCCUAAGUGAGACACUUAAAGUAUCUCGUGCUGGUCUCGGCGGACCACCCCCGCCUGGUUUUCCCUUGGAGACAGCCGGCCCCCUGGCCGGCCCCAUGGCUCAGGCCUCUGGACUUUGUGCACUGGGCACUGUCCCCCACCCUCCGCCCCGCUCCAGCCCAGUUCCCUCGGAGUGGACAGCGGCCCUCGCCGGUCCACUGUCACAUGCAUCACCCACCGGGUAUUCUUCGUCAUCCCCGUCAUCAGAAUUGAUCUUCUAAGUCAGCUCAGCCCGGAGAAAUGGAGUAGGGUGGGGGCGGGAAGGAAGGGAGAAAAAGAAACUACACAAACUAAGCGUCUCUGCUUCCUCUCCCUCCCCAGAAAGACCAGGUCUGUCGCAGCCGCGUUUAUUUUUGUUUUUUAUUUUCCUUUGGAGAUGAAGGGCAGAAGGGUGAGGAGGAGGGGAGGGCACAAUGCGCGUGCAGAGACUGGGGUUGAAAUGCAGUAAAUAUUACUUAGCUUCUGUAAUCGGUGCUGCAGGGAGGUAAGCUUAUAUGUGGGGACCGGGGUAGGAGAGGUGGGGGCUCCGUGUGCAAAGGAGGUGGUGGGAGUUAAGUUGCUGCCAAGAAGGAGAAGCGGGAGGCGCCGGCUGCCGGACUGGACUGCGUUCGAGGGGCUUGGGGAGCUGAGCGUGCGAUUGCAAUUGCUCACAAUCACCAACAGGUUGCAUCGUUCCCCGCCAGCUGCUGCCCCUCAGGCUUCGUACACGCUGGGAGCGGCGAAAUAUGUGAGUGUGUGCGUGUGUGCAUGUGCGUGUGUGUAUGUGGAUGUGGCGCCGCCUCCUCCUCCUCCCCCCCCUCCGCCCCCAUCUCGGUCCAACUCUCCCUCUCUCUCUACAACCAGGCAGCCCUUUCCCGUGUCCUCCCUCCCCUUCUUCUCCUCCUCCUCCUCCUCCUCCUCCAUUUUGCUAGCUCGGUCUGUGACUAGAGCCCGAGUCACCGCCCGCCUGUCGGGGACGGCUGAAAGUGGGUGUAAGAAGGAGAAGAAGGGUGGGAGGACUCCGGGGAGAAGAAAUGUACCUAUAAACAACAGUCCAGAAGACCCGAAGAAGGGCCGAGGACAGUUCUAGGCGGUGUGGAAAAAGGGCAAGACUUUUUAAAUUGGGGUUCUCCCCCUUUUCCCCCCAUGGAAAAGGGGGCGGCUGUUUACUUCCUUUUUUUAGAAAAAUAUUUUUUCCUCCUUCUUUCACACGCUAAGUUGUUUGUUUCGGCCGUGGUGGGAGCUGUGGAAGGUGGCGGGAGAACCGGACCCCUAGAUGAGCUGGUAUUAACUGAUGGACUCAAAAGAAUCGUUAAGUCCCUCCCUUGGAGAAGAAACCACCAAAAGCAUACAUGGUCGGAAGAGAGGAAAUGUAAUGGACUUUUAUAAACCGAUAAGGGGUGGAGCUACUGUCAAGAUUCCUGCAUCUUCAUCCUCACUGGCUGCUGCUUCUCAAUCAGACUCUAAGCAGCAACCUCUUUUGGGUGACUAUUCUAAAGGAUCAGCAAGCAGUGCACAGCAGCCAGACUUAUCCAAGGCAGUAUCUCUAUCAAUGGGACUCUAUAUGGGUGACACAGAUACAAAAGUAAUGGGAAAUGAUCUGGUAUUUCCUCAGCAGGGCCAAAUUGGUGAAACAGAUUUUAGGCUUCUUGAAGAGAGCAUCGCAAGCCUCAGUAAGUCAUCCAGGGUACCCCAAAGCCCCAAGAGUUCAGCAUCUGCUACAGAUAAUGAAUUUCCAACAACAUCUAAUUUUGAUAAAGCUUUAGAAAAGCCGACUUUUAAAAAGGGCCCAAUUGGCACUUCUGAUGGCAAUGCAAAAUUGUAUACUGAAGACCAAAGUACCUUUGAUAUUUUACAGGAUUUGGAAUUGUCUGCUGGGUCCCCAAAUAAGGAGGCAAAUGAGAGCCCAUGGAGGUUAGACCCCUUGUUAGACGAAAACUGUUUGCUUUCUCCUUUAGCAACAGAUGAGUCAUUUCUUUUAGAAGGAAAUGCAGAUGAAGACUGCAAGCCUCUUAUUUUGCCGGACACUAAGCCUAAAAUUAUGGAGCAGGGGGGUCUGAUUAUACCCACUUCUAAUAUACCAUUGCCUCAAGUGAAAACAGAAAAGGAAGAUUUUAUUGAACUUUGUACUCCUGGGGUAAUUAAACAGGAGAAAUUGGGCCCAGUUUACUGUCAAGGAAGUUUUUCUGGGACAAAUAUAAUUGGAAACAAGAUGUCUGCCAUUUCUGUUCAUGGUGUGAGUACCUCUGGGGGACAGAUGUAUCACUACGACUUGAAUACUUCAUCCCUUUCUCAGCAACAGGAUCACAAGCCUGUAUUUAAUGUCAUUCCACCCAUUCCUGUUGGUUCAGAAAAUUGGAAUAGGUGCCAGGGAUCUGGAGAUGACAACUUGACUUCCUUGGGAACUUUGAAUUUCACCAAUCGAUCUGUUUUUUCUAAUGGAUAUUCAAGCCCUGGAAUGAGACCAGAUGUAAGUUCUUCUCCAUCUACUUCCUCCACGACAACGGGACCACCCCCCAAACUCUGCCUUGUUUGCUCCGAUGAGGCUUCAGGAUGUCAUUAUGGUGUCCUAACUUGUGGAAGUUGUAAAGUGUUCUUCAAAAGAGCAGUGGAAGGUAGACAGCACAAUUAUCUUUGUGCUGGAAGAAAUGAUUGUAUCAUUGAUAAAAUUCGAAGAAAAAACUGCCCAGCAUGCCGUUACCGAAAAUGUCUCCAAGCUGGAAUGAACCUAGAAGCUCGAAAGACAAAGAAGAAAAUUAAAGGAAUUCAGCAACCCAACCCAACAGGAACAAGAGAGAAUUCGGAAAGUCCUGUCAAUAAAACAAUGGUUCCUGCAUCUUUGCCACAGCUCACCCCAACACUGGUGUCACUCCUGGAGGUCAUUGAGCCAGAGGUGUUAUAUUCAGGAUAUGACAGUUCAAUGCCUGAUACCACUUGGAGGAUCAUGUCAACACUUAACAUGUUGGGAGGGCGACAAGUCAUUGCAGCAGUGAAAUGGGCAAAGGCAAUACCAGGUUUCAGAAACUUACACCUGGAUGACCAAAUGACCCUGCUGCAGUACUCCUGGAUGUUCCUGAUGUCUUUUGCACUAGGAUGGAGAUCCUACAAACAAUCAAAUGGGAGCCUGCUGUGUUUUGCUCCUGAUCUGAUUAUAAAUGAGCAGAGGAUGAAUUUACCCUGCAUGUAUGACCAAUGUAAACAUAUGCUAGUUGUGUCCAAUGAAUUACAAAGGCUUCAGGUUUCUUAUGAAGAAUAUCUCUGCAUGAAAACUCUAUUACUUCUCUCUUCAGUUCCCAAGGAAGGUUUGAAGAGCCAGUCACUCUUUGAUGAGAUUAGAAUGACUUACAUCAAAGAGCUGGGGAAAGCCAUAGUCAAGAGGGAAGGAAACUCAAGUCAGAACUGGCAGCGAUUUUAUCAGCUGACUAAACUUCUGGACUCCAUGCAUGAGAUAGUUGAAAACCUUCUGAAUUAUUGCUUCCAAACGUUUUUGGAUAAGACCAUGAGCAUCGAGUUCCCGGAGAUGUUGGCUGAAAUCAUCAGUAAUCAGAUACCAAAAUACUCAAAUGGAAAUAUCAAAAAACUGCUCUUUCAUCAGAAGUGACUGCCUUAAUACAAAAGGUUGCCUUAAAGAAGUCAGAUUUAUAGACUGGUUCAUUUUGUCCUUGUGGCGGCGUUCCUUCUGCAAUUAUGCACUACAUGUGGUUUCUAGAGGGCCAAGACUCGGACAUGGACAUGGUUGCUUUGAAACAACGGGAGCAGCAGUAGGGAGAAAGGAAGUGAAAUAAGUCAUUUUGUAAAUCCUGGAAAUUAGACAUGUCAUCCUGGGACAGACCUUCCCAGUGGACAAAAGAUGGCACCGUAAUUCCUGCUGCCAGGAAUCUGUAUCAUGAACAUUCUACUAGUGAUUUUCCACAAUUGGUUGGAUAUGUGUUUUCUAGAACUUUUUUUGAUCGUGUUUUUCUUUUUUUUUUUUCCUUCCCUUCUCCCCCUGUAUAGUUAAGAUAGCCUUUUGAUUUAUGCAUGGUAACCUGAAAAAAGUUUACAAAUGUAUGCCAGAAAAGGGAAGUUGUGCCUUUUAUAGCUAUAACUGUCCGGUUUUAGCAAUUUCCUUUACCUUUAUAUUCAGUGAACUUGGCCUGCCCAUUUUUCUUACAUCAUUUUUGUAUUCGAGUUGCCUGUUGUACAGCUGUCUGUUUCAGGUGGGCGCCCGGUUCACAGCUUUCCUAAAUAAACGCUAACCAUUAUUCUUCUGCGCGAAAAUGGGUUGGUGCUUCUACCCCGAGAGCUUUUUGCUCUCAGGAGACCACAAACAAAAUUUUCUCAGACCUCAAGAGUCUUUACCAGUUAUCACCCUAUUGCUUUACAAGAUAUAUCUACACAUCUACAUAGCAAAUAGAUAUAGUUCCAUCUGGUAAUUAACUGGUACAUGUCACCCAGUCUGGUGGCCUGCUCAAUAAGCUAUGAAUAAGCUAUGGUAAAUAGAUAGUAACUUCUAGAAGUGGCCUGAUCACACCGGUAUGAUAGAGUGAAAAUCACAGGAGCAAGAUCCCAAACACACGGGUUCUAAUUUCUGCCAGCUCUGAUGUUCUUCAGGCCUCUUUCCUCAUCAGGGUGUAAGAGAAUAAGUCCCUAGAAAGAUGGCAAGGAAGUGAGUUUUGAAUCUUGUUCAGGGAUCCUUUUAUGAAAGAAUAUUGACCUUCAGGGUUUCAGAACAGCUCAGAGAAGUUUUUCAGUCAUAACUGGACAGUGUUUGUUCUUAAAACCAGUGCUGCCCCUUCCUAAAUUUUACUUAAGUCAAUUUUAUUCGGAUUUUAAAAGGCUCAAUUUGCUGAACCACAAAAUCAAAUCAAACAAAAAAACUGGCUAGACACCUAUUUUCACAUUCCCAUCUCACACCAGUUGGUCCCUGUCUCCUGGGGUAUAGGAGACCCUCAGCUAUGAAUUUUUGUGAUUUCUGAUCGUAUUGUCAGACUUUUGUGUUUGUGAGGCUUACACAUCCCUUCCUCUUCACUUUCUCUUGUGCCAUAAACUUGACAAGGGGUCUUGUGAAUCUCUCCUCCUCACUAUGGGUGAUCAUUUUAGAAGAUUUAGAAGCUGUAGUAGCCCUUUCUGUGUGCACCUUACCAACUUUCUGUAAACUCAAAACUUAACCUAUUUACUGAGCCACAACAAGAAUUGAUUUUUAUUCAGUGGCCAAAUUAUUUGUGUAAUAGAAACUGAAAAAAAAAAUCUAAUAUUAAAAAUAUGAAACUUCUAAUAUAUUUUUAUAUUUAGUUCUACUUUCAGAUAUACAUAUAUAUAAAUAUAUAUCAUAUUGGUAUUCACUAAUCCAGGAAGGGAAGGGCUACUGCAGCUUUACAUGCAAUUUAUUCAAGUGAUUGUAAAAUAGCUUGUAUAGUGUAUAAUAAGAAUGAAUUUUUAGAUGACAGAUUGUUUUAUCAUGACAUGUUCUAUAUUUUUCAUAGGAUUCAGAGAAAUGCAGAAGGAUAAUCUAAACGAUUUAUAGUAUGUGUGUGUGUUUAUAUAGUUGGCAGUCCAUAGAUGGGAAGAGAGGGACUGAGGAGGCAAUCCUACAUGUGGCCAUUUUGCUUGGGCCAUAUCCCAUCAAAUUGAGAAUAGCAUCAUCCCAUUAACCUGGAAUUCCAAUCACUUUUCUUUUUCAGACAGUGAAUCUGUUAUCCCUACAUGUUGGUUUGUCCUCCUGCUGAAAAAAAGAAAGAAAGGAAGGAAUGGAGAGAGAGAGAGCAAGCGGGGGAUAAAAAGAAUGGCUCUUAGAUAUGUAGGGCACUGGCCAAUAGCAGGGUUACUUUCACAUACAGCCUCUCAUACAGCUUAGCAAAAACAGUGGCUUAAGAAGCUUGGCAAUAAUAAUGCACACAGGUACCAGCAAUAUGUAUAUAUACUGCAAAACAACACAGGUCAUUCACAAUACACUACUUCUUUUCUAUCCUAUGGCAAAACUUCACUUCCCAUUAAAAUAAGGGAUUAAGUGAGACUUUUCUUGGAUAGCUUUUGAAUGCUAUAAGCUUCAGUAUUUGAUAUGUCUUUGCUUUUAUUUUUUUUUUUUUAAAUGGAGUAAUCACUUGUUUUUUUUUCAAAUGCACGAUAAAAGGGAAAGCUUCUUUCCUUAUGGCCAGGAUUCAAGUGUUACUCUUAAGAUAUUUUUCACCUAGCUGGAGGGGAAGUUUUACAGUGCCUCAGAAAUAAUAUUUUAAGAUUCAUGAUAGCGUUAGGUUUCAAAACCUGUUCCAGGAAAAGAAAUCUCUGCUUAGAGAAUGUGGUCAACACUCAUUUGCUCCCAAGUUUAUGAAAUGUCACGUACUGACAGUCUCUGUGGAAAAGUCCUACUGACAGUUGUGAGAUUGCCAUAACUGGGGAAAGAAUGGCACCCACCCUUUUGGGAUUAAUACAAAUGUAAACAGAUAACAGUUUUAACUAGGUCAAUGUGCAUGGGCUGCAAUUGUGGAUCUUGUACAAAAGUUAGACCAGGUGCUACUUGCAGACAGCCUUCAUUCUGCCGCUAGUAUUUAACUAUUCACACCUUUUUAAAGUUGUUAUUCAUUUUAAUGUGAGUUGCAGGCAUGUGUGUCCCAUACAUGAAAAAUGCUUCCAGUGAUAGCUCAAAAAUGUGAUUCUUCUUUGGUGACUUUAUGAUGUGAUAUUGAGUACCACAGAGAUAGAGCGAGGUAACUGGGCAACAUGGAAACAAAAUUCUGUGGCCUCCUAGUAUCUGUUAUUCUCCUUCUAUCUUAGCAGGGAGAUAGAAAGGUAAUUGGCUUACAAAAGUAAGACAGAAAAUCCAUACUGCCCAACUUCUCAUCCAUGAAACUCUGUAUCACCUCCCUUUAGGGGCAAACCCAAAAGAAACUCCUAUCCAAAGAAGGAAGAAGAGCCAGCAAUUGGUUUGUGGCAAUGGAAUUAGCAUAGAAUGAGAUUCAAAAAUGAAAUCUAACCUUGCUAUAAAUAGCACUUCAAAAAAAAAACCUUCUCCCCUUCACAGAGACAGUCCUCAACUGUCCCUAAAUCUACAGGUUUAAUUAAACAUGCCUUCUGAAAAACUUGUCUUGAUAACCCCAUAGGCUGUAAAAACAUUAGUAUAAUUGAGUUCCUUUGCUUUGAUAAAGGGAUAUGAUCUUGUCAAGUCACCAAAAAAAGGUUGUAGAUAUUAGUUAUAAUGUGUGUUUCAUCAGCCUGUUUCCAGCAUGAGUACAGUGGAGGGAAAGGAGAGAAGGACAAGGAGAAUACAUUAAACAGUAUUUUAAAUGGCACAACUGUCAUCCAAAACCAGGCACGUAUUCCAGGUCUCAGUGCAUCAGUGGCUAUUGAUGUGCUGAGACAAGAGCCUCAUUUUUAGGAAAGAAAUAGAGUCUCUUUCAAAGAAGGAUUUCGCUUUCUGAUGAAAGGCUGUGUGUAUGAAAAUAGCCCCCUUAGAUAUUUUACCUUGCUUAACCACAUAUAGAUUCAAGUGUGUCGAUAUUCUAUUUUGUAUAUUAAACAAAAGCUAUGUAAGGGGAAAGAUCUAUAUUAUACUGUGUAUGGCAUUAUUAAAAAGCUUUUUCAUUAUUUUUUAUCACAGUAAUUUUAAAAUGUGUAAAAAUAAUUAAAACCAGUGACUCCUGUUUAAAAAAAAUAUAUAAAAGUUGUAGUUUUUUAUCCAUGCUGAAUAAUUCUGUAGUAAAGAAAAAAUAAUUCUGUAGUAAAACGUGUCUUUUUCAUCCACUCAGUGCAAUGGUGGAUUGUAAAAUCUCGUGUGGAAAUGUUUAACUUUUAUUUUUCAUUUUAAUUCGCCGUCCCAGUAAUAUCACCCCACACGUUUGUACAGAAUUGGCAGUAAAUGGUAGUCAUUUACAGCUAUGCCAAAUCAUGGCCAGAAAUCAUAAUAAAAACUUGCUUUUUCCAUCAA